CGUGGCAGCAGCAGCCGCGGCAGCAGAUCAAAAUGAGUUGCUUUGAAGUUUCAGCAACAAGACGCCGCCGGCCAUAACGAAAAAUGCAAAAAGAAAACAUGGCAAGCGGCAUACUGCUCAUCAUCAGCAGCAGCAGCAGCAGAAAUACAAUAGCUCAAGGAGUGGAACAGGAAGAACAUCAAGAGUUGCUCAGCGUUUGCUUCAUCAAUGCCAGAAAUGGCAGAGCUAUCUGGCCCUAAGCAACUUACGACUUAACAAGCGCUGACCCACACCAAUACCUGGACAGGACAUGAGGGAUGCAGAGGGUGGGAAUGGCAAUGGGAUCGCUUUGAACAGCCGCAAAGAGAAUCGAAAACAAAGUAACUGCGUUUUUUGUGGUUUCGCCUUUCGCGCAAAGUAAACAAAAGCAGAUGAUGCACCGAAGACGGCAACCACAGCGACGACUGACCAAGAAAAAGAGCGUGCGAGAAGCAGAAAUGCAAUUGGAUGUGCUGUUUGUGCGCUGCUCACAUAUUACUCAUGUGUGCCCGAGGCACCAUGCCAGAGAUGAGGGUUAUGAUGGAUGAGCCCCGCUUCGCACAGCCAAUACCAAAUGUCACCGUUGCCGUUGGCCGUGAUGCGAAUCUGCCCUGUGUGGUCGAGCACUUGGGUGGCUAUAAGGUCGCAUGGAUACACAUAGAUCGCCAGAUGAUACUGACGAUACACCGUCAUGUGAUCUCACGCAUACCACGCUACAGCAUCACGUAUGCGGACAACACGUGGCUGUUGCACGUUAAUCAGGCGCAUCAGGAUGAUCGCGGCUAUUACAUGUGUCAGGUCAACACCAAUCCCAUGAUUAGCCAGGUCGGCUAUCUGCAGGUCGUGGUGCCACCCAACAUAUUGGACAUUGAGAGCACCCCAUCCUCAGUGGCAGUGCGUGAAAACCAAAACAUCAACAUGACAUGUCGCGCCGAUGGAUUCCCAACGCCAAAAAUCAUUUGGCGUCGAGAGGAUGGCGAGGAAAUAGCCGUAGAGAAAAAGAAGAAAGGUACACAUGGGAUUCUAGUCUACGAUGGCGAUGUGCUGCCGCUGACCAAAGUGAGCCGCAAUGAGAUGGGAGCCUAUCUGUGCAUAGCCACCAACGGAGUGCCCCCCUCCGUCUCGAAGCGCAUCAUAUUGGAUGUGGAGUUCUCGCCAAUGAUUUGGGUGCCGAAUCAACUUGUUGGCGCGCCAGCUGGCACAGAUGUAACCAUCGAUUGCCACACCGAGGCGCAUCCCAAAGCCAUCAUAUAUUGGGUGUACAAUUCUGUGAUGGUAUUGCCGAGCAAGAAGUAUAAGACCGACUACACUGAGAACUCAUAUCGCGCUCACAUGAAACUGACGAUAAGAAACCUUCAAUAUGGCGACUUUGGUAACUAUCGAUGCAUCUCAAAGAAUUCACUUGGGGAAACGGAAGGUUCUAUACGUGUUUAUGAAAUACCUUUGCCAUCAACACCAUCCAAACAAGUAACGCACACCACCGUCGAGUCCAGGGAGAGCAACAUUAUACCAUCCUUACGGAACGAUACAACGAAAUCGCUACAAACGGAUGUGUAUGCAAUGAAAAACGAUUUGUAUGCAGGUGGCACACCUGGCUCAUCAUCGGCGGGCUCUGGAUCCUCGGCCGCCUCAUCGUCAUCGAUGCAGACGUCCUUACUGCCCGGCGGUGGCACCGCUGGCAAUAGCCUCUCAGCGCUAAGCGGCGGCAGCAAGAACUCCUUGGCGAUAGGCAAGAGCGUGUUCUAUACGGAACGUCCACCGAAUGAGUACUCGGGCUCCACGGUUUCCGUGUGCUCAUUGUGUCCACAUUUCGUGUUAUUGUUGAUGUUAUUGUUGUUGUUGAGCAAAUAAGGACAUGCGCGUGUUGACUUGCAUACAUGUAUUGUCGCUUCUGCUAUUAUCUCGAACAAUACAGCUAAUUAAGUAUUAUAAAUGCAAGCCAUAAGCAAGCACGCAGCUCCCAGCAAGGACACACUGUCAGGAUAUUGAGGUUUUCGAAUAUUGUCAAUAUGUGCACACUAAAACCGCCUUCAAUAAAUUUUCAUUAAUUUAUGGUUUAUGAUUUUUGAUUUUACACCUCAUUUAAUUUACAGUUAGAGUUCAUUAAACAUCUAUCACUAAUUAUUUA